AUAGUCUCAUAACGUGUUCGACAACGUAUCGUAACUGAUGUAUUCUUGGCAUCAUCGUGUACUUCAGUUUCAGUGCUCGCUAUUUGAUUUUUACAUUCUGUAAAAGGCAAUGCUAUCUAUCCAAUCUAACAUCUAAAAAUUUGAAAAUAAACAGUGAAUAAUAUAAUAAAAUUCAAAUAACUUUGAAUUGUGAAGUUUGCCCGUUUAUUUCUUAGAGGCAUCGAAUCGAAAUUAUACAACAGUAUAAAAUAGUAUUAAAAAAAUGCGGAUACUGCUAUUGAUAUUUCCUUGGCUAUUGUGCUCAUCGAUUUGCCAUGGAUAUCGUUUCCUCGCAAUAUUCCCUUUUAACAGCCACAGUCAUUUCAUGAUGUUUGAACAGCUGGUAAAGGGUCUGAUCAAAAAGGGUCAUCAAAUCGAUGUGAUUAGUAAUUUCCCAUUGAAAAAGCCUUAUCCGAACUAUACCGAUAUCGUGUCGUUUACACCACCUGUAACGCUAACGAACAGUCUGACAUACGAAUUUCUGACAGAAACAUUGGUCGGGAUAAGUCCAGUAUUUAUUGUUGCGGGAAUAGCUGGUAAUGAUCUUUGCAAAUAUUUGGCGCUUCCGAAAAUACAAGAGCUAGUGCGCAACCCACCGAAAGAUCCACCAUAUGACGCAGUAUUGAUGGAGGUUUUUGGUGCUCAAUGUUUCGCCGUCAUUCCCCAUAUAUUAAAUAUUCCUGUGAUCGGGGUCAGUUCAACGGUGCUAUAUCCAUGGCUGUACCAAAUAAUCGCUCAACCUCACAACGUAGCCUUCGUUCCGAACAAUUGUAUAACCGGGCUUACCGGCUCCAUGAAUUUCUUGGAACGUUUAUAUAACACCGUGAACAUGGCUUAUAACAAUCUGCUCUUCAAUUAUCUCACAAGCGGGCAGGACGAAAUUCUUAAAGAGCACUUUGGACCGAACAUACCGAGUGUGCGGGAGCUAGAAAGGAAAGUAGCAUUGAUUCUCGUCAACUCUCACAUCGCUGUAAAUAUAAUCCAGCCAACGACACCUGCUGUGGUAGACGUAGGAGGGUUGCAUGUCGUGGACAACGACUUAACAUUACCACCUGCUUUGGAGAAGUGGAUGAACGAAAGUAGAGACGGCUUUAUUUACUUAACUUUUGGCUCGAUGGUGAUGAUUGAAACAUUUCCACUCAAGUUUCUGGAUAUACUUUACUCCUCUUUAAGUAAAAUAGCACCUGUACGGGUUUUAAUGAAAGUUCCACGUCCAGAUAAAUUGCCACCCGGAUUGCCUAAAAAUAUUUACACGUCUCCUUGGAUGCCGCAGAUUAAAGUGUUAAAACAUCCUAAUAUAAAAGGCUUCAUCACUCAUAGCGGAUUAAUGGGCAUGCAAGAAGCAUUAGUAUGCGGUGUGCCCAUGAUCGGUAUACCACUUUUUGGUGAUCAGUUUAUAAAUAUUGAUAUGUUCGUUGGAAAAAACAUUGCCAUAAAACUGGACUUUCAUACGAUGACCGAAAAAGACAUGGAUGAGGCUUUAAAUGCGAUCCUUUGGAAUCCUAUAUAUAUUGAAACUGCUCGAAAUCUGUCUCGAAAGUUUCUUGAUCGACCGAUGAGCGCUAUUGAUACUGCUAAUUAUUGGAUCAAAUACAUCGUUAAAUACGGCAGUGAUGCUUUGCGAUCACCGGCGAUGGAUUUGUACUGGUGGCAAAUAUAUCUCUUAGAUAUCGCCGUAUUUUUUCUACUUUGCGCAAUAAUUGUUAUUAUCGUUAUAAGAUACUUCGUGCGUCUUUUAUUGCAAAUGAUAAACGACAAUCGUAAUAGUUCACAAACAAAGAAAACAAAUUAAUUAGACUAAUUCAAAACAGAUAUAUUUUGCUUUGUAUUAAUUGCAUUUUGCAAAGAUUUACUUAAGAAAAAGCAAAGAGUUUUAUGUUUUUAUCAAUUUAAUCGUGAUAAUUUAUUUGAUUUGCUAAAAAAUAUUUAUUACAAAUGUAAUAUAAAUUCUCGACAGAUUAAUUGAUAAACUAUGAGUAGAUACGUACACCAUACAUUUAUAUAUAUAAUAUGUUCAUUUAUAUAAUAUAAUGUAUACCUACAUAUUAUUUCUCUCUUUGCAU